ACAGCACCGCGCACAGUAGUGACGUCACGGACUACACCACCCACUGGUUGCUGUGACAACGGGACGCGUCUCAGAACGAAGAGGAACCCCUGAGCUCUGUGCAUCAUGAGACCAAAGAAACGUAAAAAGAAGAAGUCGUCGAAGAGAACGUCUGCGGCUUCGGGGAAGAAAGGAAAAAUCAGCAAAGCGGAACGACUGAGGCUCCAGAAAGAGGAGGAAGACAGGAGGCAUCAGGAGGAAGAAGAAGCGCGGCUCCUGGCUGAGCAGGAGGAGGCCGAGCAGCGAGAAAGAGAGCGAGCGGCCAAAGAGGAGCGAGAGAGACUAGAGGCAAAGCUACUUGAACGCAGAGAUGAGGAACUGGAGGAGUACAGAACGCUGCUUGAGGAGAAGAUAGAAGAAGCCGGGAGGUGGAAGAGACACCUAAGGAUUCAAGCAAAGUGGGACCGGUACCUGCGCUGCGAUGGAACCCCCGACCCCUCCAUCCCCCAGGAGAUCAAUACCUUUAUCAGCCUCUGGACGGAGGAGCAGAACGAAGACCUCCAGUCUGUGCUCAGCAAGAGUAGCCUGGUGCUGAAACUGAUCGAGGAGCUGGAAUUCCUCCUCGACGAAACCCCGGCGGAUGAGCUUCCCGAGGCUGAAGCCGCGCGGUAUCUGCAAACUGUCCUGGAGCUGCAAGAACUUCUUCAGCAAAAAUUCAAUGAUGCCACCCAGCAUCUGUUAAAGGACGCCGCGGCUCUGGCUGACGUCGACAGCGGUAACAUGCAGAAAGUUAUCGGGAAUGAAGAUGUAUCCGUGUGCGUGUGGGCCAAUCUGAACAAAAACCCCAGGUUCAGAGGAUACGAGUUCACAGAAGCAGCCGUCGGCUUUGAGUUACCGAAGCCCCUGGCCGCGUGCGGCGUUGCCGUCCGCGUCCUCCGCACAGCCUACGACCACCUUUCCUGCCAAAGCCGCACUUUCUUCCCGCGCGUGACGGAGGCGGACGGUGAGAAGGAAGCGGGGGCCGGCCGGGUCCCGGAGGAACGGAUCCCCGGGGAGAGGAGCGCUGCGGCUGAAGAAGAGCUCACAGUGCAGGAUCGGAAGAGCGUUCUGAGUGCCUUAUCUACCAGAGAAGAAACAAAGAGCGCAACCGAAGCCCCCGAAACCAACCCAUCGGAGUCCGAGAACGCGGGGGCCGGCCGGCCGGGGGACGCAUCCCAAGCAGGUCCGUCCCCAUCUCCGUUACUUAACGAGGAUCAGGCUGAUGACGCCCUAGAGGACGAUGUGGUCGACUUGCGCCAGUAUACGACCCUCGGGGGCAUUUACUUUUUUGAUGUAAUUACCCUCCCCCCUCAGCGGAAACAAGUGAAAAGCUGGACUAUGGUGCAGCUCCUCGAAGGAGGAAUCGAGUUCUUCUCCUACCCCAACGGAACGUCUCUCACCAGCCUCAGCAGCUACCUGGGGACGUCUCUGCAGGAGAAGGACAUGGAGACGCUGUCUGCCCCCCCUGUUGGCGUCUCCUUCAGAGUCCCCAAAAACGUUAUAUUUUUUGAAGAACCUCAGGUGGCAAGAUGGGACCCUGAAAGCAAGAACUGGAAAACAGACGCCGUCACCCAGAAGACCUACAACCCGGAGCUCAGGGAAUUGUCCUUCAAGAUGGACGCUUUUCACACCUUCACCCUGAUCCAGGAUUCCCACCUGAACAUGCCGUACGAGUCCUGGGAGCUGAGACCCCGGGGCAGGAACCGGCUGACGCUCACCAUCGCCUCGGCCUUCACCGACAUCCAGAUAGACGUCGAGGAGGACCGGUGCAGGCUGGCGGCCGUCUCCAAUACGGAAAGCGACCUGUCCCACCUCGUGGGGAAAUGGAUGACGCUCUUCCACCUGAAAUCCGCCAUGAGGCGCGUCGGGCUGAACGUCUUUCCCGCGGCAGACUCGGCGAGAUACGUCAUCGUGAAUAAAAAGGAUGAAGAAGCGGAGAACAUGGCCUACAAAGAAAUGGCCCUCCUUUCCGCCUCGUUUGCCUUUGGUUGGAGUAAAUGGAACCACAGCUGUGGAUCUGAGCAAAUCGUUAUCAAGGUCAAAGAACACGCGGAGGCAGACGCACCCGGUGAAGACGUCCGGUCUCUCUACCUGCUGAGCCCGCGGAGAACCCAGAGGCUGAAGAUCUGCGAGGACAGCGAGCUCUUCUCGGAGGAACUCCACGCCGGCAGCGAGUUUCAUUCCACGCUGCAUCACGCGAUCCGAGAACACGCCGGCGCAGGCGCCAUGGAGGCUCUCAAACUCUCGCAGCCGCUGUUUGCGGACGCCGUCUACCAGUUACUAAACGCCACCAGAGUUUUGUCAUAUUCAUAAGAAAAAUAAUAAAUACUCUAUAUUUAGAACUUUAUUAAACUCUCGGAUACAAUAAAUAUAUUCACACAAUUCACAUUCAGACAGAAAGGAGCCCAAAGUGCACUAAAGGUCAGAUAAUCAAGCGUGAGAUACGAGUAAAA